AUGCGCAUGCUAAAACAAGAAGAGGAAUCCGAAGACGUCGAAGUCACCUGGGAAGACCAACAACGCAUAUGUACCUUCUCCAAACUCAACACGCGUUUACGCGCACAUGAGGCUAGAAUCGAGGCUCUCAAGGAAGAAAAAGAAGUGUUAGACGACCUCGCCUCAGAGCUUGAGUUAGCAGAUGAGGAUCAGCCUGUACUAUAUCGCAUCGGCGAAUCCUUCGUACACCUCCCCCUCCCACGAGCACUCAAACGUCUCGAGCGCGACACAUCCGGCCUAAGCGAUGAGAUGUCCAAACUCAGCGAACAAACUGAACAAUGGGAGAAAGAAAUGAAGGAGCUCAAGCUCGUCUUAUACGCUAAAUUCGGAUCUGCGAUAAACUUGGAUGAAUGA